GUGCAUUCACUGAAGAGUCAGUGAUAUCGUCUGAUUUUCCAACGAUAACCGGUCCUGAUUCUAUAGUUACAGCGUCCGAAGAUUAUGUAACUACAGAAACAAAUUCACCUUCAAAUCCAGAAACUUCUACAGGUAUAAAAACAAAUAUUUAGACUUUUGUUUACUAAACGUAUCGUUUUGUAUUCGUUAUAAGUUUUAAAAGCUUACUAAAUGUUGCCAGACAUGUUUUUAUAAUUUCUUUGUUUGUUAUUUAAUUAAGUAUUGAUAAUAUUUGCUAGAGCAGGCGCAUACCUUGACUAAACUAUCGCAUAACUGUUGUAUGAUUGUCGAUUGUUUUGCAGCCCAUCCAACUGUUUAGUUGCACAACUAAUUAUCGAGUAGUGUGUGCACUUCGAGCUCACAGAAAUCAAAGCUAGACUAAACAGUUGUGCGAUAGUUUAGUUUCAGGUGUACGCUGUAAUGAUUCAAUUUGGAUAAUCUUUGUUGUCAAUAGAUAGUAGUUGCUCUUUACAAUGAAUUAAUUGAAGUAUAUUUUAUACUGCGCUAGCAAAAUGUUUCUUUUCAGAUAUAUUUUCAUUCCUGCUAAGUAUGUUAUAAGCUCAACAUCGCUCCAGCUAACUUGACUUAAGCUAGAUUUGAGUUAUGGCAAAAUUCAAAAUGAAAAUUAUUAAUGGAUAAUAAGUUAAUAUAUGGAAUAAUUAAACUAAUAAUACUAACAUUUGUGGAUUUGAAAUGUAAGAAUAUAAAAAUAUUUACGAAGAAAUGUAUGGAGAUAUUGGUAUAAGAAACUCAAGGCCAAGUUAAGUGUUCCCGUAACCAUCGUGUAUGGAAGGUUGUAUGGCCGAAGAUGAUAGGUUGUGUGACAGAAAUAUGAAUAAUCUGAACUAUCAGUCUGUUUUCAAUAGAUCGGAUUUAGUUACAGACGAUGAAGAAACUUCGAUAACGAAUGAAUUUAUGACAACACUUUCCAAUCAAAACUCUUCCACAGUGACAGGCGUUGAGGUAACAUCAGAAGGAAUAGAAUGGCAGAAUGUUAACACAGAGUUAUAUACAGUUUCAGGAUUCAUAACGGUAAAAACAACUGAAGUUUCUACGUCACCAGAUAUAGAAACUAAUUCAGAUAAUGACGUUGAGUCCAAUGUGACUGAAAUAUCCCGGACUAUUAAAAAUGAAAAUAUCACAACAGGUGUAGAAACCAAACGAGUAAACACUUUAGUAUCGACAGAGCCGUAUUCAGUUACAAUAACAAAACGUGAAGCAGAAUCUUUAGAUGUGGAUACUACCCUUACUGUCCGGAAGUCAUUAGAUAUGUCGACGGUGAACACUAAAAGAUAUACAAUGCCCAGUACUGAAGCGUAUACAGGUACUAAAACGUUUUUAAUUCUGUUAUUGUAGUGAUGU